AUGUCGUUACCGAAGCCACCCUCGUCUUUGGACAACUCGUGCUCUGUCAUUCAUGGCAACACACUUUAUUCUUACUCACCACAAGGAUUUCUGUCCCUGCCUUUGCAAGACAGUGCAGAAUGGAAGAAGCUUGAUAUGGGAGUGAAAGUGACUGGAGGAACCUGUGUUGGAACAAACCCUGUCAAUGCAGCCGAUGCUGCGCUCUUCAUUGUUGGAGGAACGUCGGAUGAGGCUGGCUAUCCUGGGCUCCAAAAGUACACAUUCGCAACAGGCAACUGGACCACCGUCACAGUUCCGGGUCUUGUUACGCAGAAUCGCCUGCUGCAUGGAUCUACCUACAUCCAGGCUGACGACGUUAUCUUGGUUUACGCUGGUAACCAAGAUGGCAGUACCGGUCCUUCCACAUCAACGUUUACCAUCCAGGCUUCUUUCCCAUAUAACUCUCAUUCAUUCGAUUCUGCUCCUGCACCGGCCGUUUCCCCCUUCCUUAUGAACUGGUCCAACGCCGAUGCUGCUAUGAUAAGCGGCGAUGGCGUGGACGGCAAGAUUUACUGGUUUAACCCGACUGCUGGAUGGAGAGAUUCUGGUGCCGGCACAUCGCCGCCGAUCAACAAGGCCGGAGGCGCGGUGAAUGUGGCGCUGGUUUCGGGAACUGAUGGAUCCAAGAACCUCUAUACCUUUGAUCUAUCCAAGUCACCCAACUCCGUCAGUCGUACCAUUGUUCAGGACGCUACUGGACACCCUCUCGCUAACUCAGCCCCCAUCGCUGCACGAGGCCUUGAUGAUGACAUUGAGAAGCGUGACUUGACAUUGAGCAACUGGCCUGAGUACAACUCUACGUUGGCUCCGAAGGAUACUCGAACAAACUACGCAAUUGCCCAGGCUGAUGACGGCACAGUAGUUUUCUCUGGUGGCAAUGCUCAGGUUCCUCUAGCUAUUUUCAAUGUUGAUAACAAUGGCUGGGUCGAUGCGGCUCAGCUAUUGGGAGACCAGCAGCAGUUGAUCCAGGACAUUUCGUCGACGACUACACAGUCUAAGACGAAGACGACUUCUAGCUCGCGGUCCAAGUCAACCACGCACUCUACCUUUACUACAAGUUCCGCCUCAACAACCCUUCCGUUUUCCACUAGCGCUACCGCUACGCAGACCUCAGACUUCGUCCCGACCGAUUUGUCUAUUCCCGCCCUCCCGACUGGUACCGGCAGUGCGAGCGACGACUCUGGCCCUAGCUCCAACGCCAUCCUUGGCAUCACCCUUGGCGCCAUUGGUGGAUUCCUCGCUUUACUUGGUCUUAUCCUCCUGCUUCUGCGUUGCCGCAGAAGACAACUGCUUCAUCCAGAGGCAGGAAAGCCCAAGACCCCUACCGGCCCUGCCGCGGAUGAGAAGAACACUGCUGCUUUUGCUGCCCAGAGCACGUUUGCGAAGAGCAACCUCCCUCCACACGUGCAGAAGCAACUCCGAGGCCAUCAGAAAACUGCAUCUUCAGAAUCCACCUCAUCGAUGGCUAUCUUGAUGGGCAGAGUGGGCCAGCACAAGCCAAGAAAGCUCAGCAAUGAGUUCAAGAGCACCAUCAGCAAACCGAUUCUCCAACCGCAGCAAGCCCCUAUUCUCCAGAUCCAGGAUGAAAAAGGCGACACUUUCGAGACCACAUCUGAUACGCUUCGACCCCAAGACGGGCUCGCAGAUGAUGGCACCCGAAGGAGCUCGGGCUGGAACAAAUACUGGUCAGGAGGAAGCGCUCUCGGAAUACUAGGAUAUGGAUCUACACAGGCACCCGUACAGGCACCUGCAACCGCGCUUGCACCGGCGCCUGCCAACAGAGACACUCUGGCAUCGGACCGAAGCUCUCACUACUCCCAGACGACCACUGCUCGCAAUAUGAGGCAAACACAAGACUCAGCUACCGUCCCGCCCCUCAACUUUGAGGCCCCGCCUGGCAUGAGCAGAGUCAACACUGGAAGCCCAGUGGUGUCAAACUAUCCCGAUAUCCCUUGGAGAGAAGGCAUGUCAGGGAAGAUUGAGCGACCCGUAUCGGCUGUUUCGGCGUUGUCAGCAACAUCGUCGGGCUAUUCCAGCGGAAUCCCCGAGAGCAUCCAAGAGACGUGGGAUCCCACACAUGCUGGAAAGGCCUGGGGAGCUGAUCGGGCCCCAAGCAGCGCAUACAGUGUUCAACCCCAUCCGCUGGGCGUGAGCAAGCAGCCUCAGCUCGCCACGGCGUCAACAUCAAAUGACAUGAGCUGGCUCAAUCUCGGUGAUAACUCACGGGUAUGA